AUGCGAUCUCCGGCAUCGUUUUCUGGAGCGGAGAGAAAUCGCGCCCUCUCAGCACGCGCUCCCAGUACUAGAAGGGGGGUAGAUGGCGCUGCUGCUGCUGCUUUUGCGGAGGCAUUGCAUGAGGCACAACCUCUGGUGCUCGCGCCCACUGCGCACACAUGGUUUGACGGCUCUCCCCUUCCAAAAAAGACCCAGUUUCUCUUUCCCAGCAAUCGUUCCAGCGCCAGCACGGUCGCGCCAAAUAGGUCGGCCUCUCCUGUGGACGGUGUAGCUUCUACGGCAACGCGUGAGGUGGAGAGCCGGGCCGGCGAGGGAGGUGCCGGCAGCAGUGGCACAGAUACGAUGCGAAAAGAGAUGAUACGUCUCUAUGACACCAACGUGGAGCUUCGGGAACAAGUGGAGCGUUUACAGGCGUGCCUCCGUCGCGAAGGGGCUGCGCAAAUGGCGGAGUGCAAACGACGGUGUUGUGAACGCUGCGCAGAGUUAGAGGCUGCCCUCAGAACAGAGCAAAGCCGGUCUGCGGAGAAGGACAAGGCGAUCGCUGCCUUGCGGGAAAAGCUGCUAGAAGAAGGGCGAUCGACAACAUGCCUGAACACCUCACGUGUGGGAGGUGCAGAUAUUGUGGGCGGAUCGCUCAAAGAUCGACUGCUUGCAGACGGCCACCAGCUCGCCCCACCCGCACAUCAUGCAGCGGCACAUCUUGUCUUGCAAGAGGAAAUAGCGAUGCUGAAGACGAAGCUCAGCCAAUUGGGGCCGAAUAAAAGCCAUGCUUCGGAGCAAUGGAAGGCAACCCAGAUGUCGUCACAGAGUCAGAACGACCCUGUGCAGUCGCAGACGCCGCACUCUCGGGCCUCGGACAGUCGCCGCGGCAACCCCAUGGAAUUGACAGAGAGGAAUGUAACUCAUCGUGCCUACGAUGCCUGGCAUCCUGUGGCCCCGGAGCACGGUGAGCUGAAGCAAGGAGGCCCGCUCUCAUCGCAUGAAGAGGAGACUGGAGCGGCGGUAUCAUUGUGGAAUCGUCUACCACGGACCACAUUGCCGUCAGCGAUGGCUGCUACUCACACGCCACAGUCCACAUCAAGUCGUGCGUUUACUCCGCAAACCUUGGCUGAUCUUAGCGAGUUCGCGGCUAAAAUGCCGUCCAAGACGGUCAACCAACCAUGGUACAAUGAUGAUGAAGUUAAGGAGGUUGUCUCAUCCUCUCGGGCGUCGAGGUUGCGAGUCUCAACGUCCCCGAGGCGUUUGCUGCAGCCGAGCUAUGUUGGGACAUUAUCGCGUGGGGCGCAAGUUGGUUCCCGCCAGCGGAGUUGGUGUAAUACUAGUACGAGUAUGUAA